AGAUUGUAAUGAGAGUAUAUAUAUAUAGGGGAUACAAAGGUGUGGACCUGUAUUAACAUUUUGUGAGUGAAGUGAGAGUGCUAAAAAAGAGAAAAAGUAGUUUUAAUUUAAUAAAAUGCGAUUACUCCUUUUAAUACCAUCGAUAAUUCUUUUAACGACACAAAUCGAUGCAUCACCUUUCGAAUUAACAGACAAAUACAUCAAAGACUUUGAAGAUGGUAUUCAGCACUUAAAAAACGUCUCGUUAACCACCAAAUUACAAGAAGGAUCUUUUGAUCCGAAAUUAUACGACGAAGAAGCUGCGUUAAAAGAAGCUGAAAAUGUUGAUUUUAUUAUAAUCGGUGGUGGAACCUCUGGAGCCGUUAUAGCUAAUCGUUUAUCGGAAGUCCCAGAAUGGAAAGUUUUAUUAUUAGAAUCCGGAGCUCCGGAAACUCCAUACAGUCAAAUCCCUGCGAUAACCGAUAUAUUAUUAAACACCCCUUACAAUUGGGGAUACAAAACCGAGCCUCAAGAAAAAGCUUGUAUUGGAUCAAUCGAUGAUCGGUGCUCAUUACGUACUGGAAGAGCCAUGGGAGGAACAAGUUCUAUUAAUCGGAUGGUGUACACCCGAGGCAAUGCUAUUGACUACGACACAUGGGCUGAUAAUGGAAACGAUGGGUGGUGCUACAACGAUGUAAUGCCAACAUUUAAAAAAUCCGAAAAUGCCCAAUUACAUCAAUUCGACCGAAAACAUCACAGCCAAGGUGGUUUAUUGAAUGUAGAAGAACCAAAACAUGAAUCGUUAAUUCGUGAGGCAUUCUUAAAAGGAGGUGAAGAGUUGGGUUAUAAAAUUAUUGAUUACAACGGAGACGAACAAUUAGGUUUUGCAACACCACAACAAUUAACGGUGAAAGGAAAAAGGAGUAGCGUAUCAAGGAGUUAUUUAGAAACGAGUAAAAAUCGCAAAAAUUUAAGUAUUCGACCUUUUAGCCACGUCGUCGAUAUCUUAAUAACACCCCACACUAAAAAUGCAAGCGGGGUUAAAUACAUUCAUCGUGGUAAAAUGUUCAUUGCAAACAAUGCUAAAGAAGUAAUCGUAGCCGGUGGGGCGAUAAACAGCCCUCAAUUAUUAAUGUUAUCCGGAAUUGGGAAAAAAGAAGCUUUGAAACACAUUGGAAUUGAACAAAUUCAUGAACUCCCCGUUGGGGAGAAUUUAAAAGAUCAUAUUGCGUAUGUUGGACUAAAUUUUGUAAGCAACGAAACUCUUUCCAAAUCAAAAAGUGAUCACGACGAAGAUUUAAUUCACUGGUUAAAAGAUGGAUCAGGUCCUUUAUCGAAAAUUGGAAUCGAAGGCUUAGCUUUUAUUAAAACAGAAAUUUCAAAGGUUAAAAAAGACCAUCCAGAUAUCGAGUUAAUUUUAAUCCCCCACGGAUUUAAUAUCGGUUAUGAAAAAAUCAAAAAUGAAUAUGGUUUAGCUAAAAAUGUUUACGAUGCGAUUUAUAAACCCAACGAAAAUCAUAAAGGUUUCACAAUUUUAGUCGCUUUACCUCAUCCAAAAUCAACGGGAUCUGUUUCAUUACGCACUAAAGAUCCAUUUAAUUACCCGAUAAUCAACGGAAAUUAUUACACCGAUCCCGAUCACGAAGAUCUUUCAACAAUGAUUGCCGGAAUUCGUAAAGCGUUGGCUUUAACGAAAACGGAAGCAUUUAAAAAAUUAAACGUCCACUUAAACGAACAUCGAUUAACAGCUUGCGAAAAAUUCGAGCAUUUAUCCGAUGAUGAUUUAAAAUGUUCAAUUCGCCACUUAACUAUAAGUUUGGGCGAUCCGUGUGGCACAAAUAAAAUGGGGCCUAAAACCGAUAAAAACGCGGUUGUUGACCAUGAAUUAAAAGUCCAUGGAAUUGAAAAUUUAAGAGUUGCCGAUGCUAGUGUUAUUCCAAACACUUUAACCGGACAUAUGACUGCGCCCGAAGUUAUGAUUGGCGAAAAAGCAGCUGAUAUUAUCAAAAAACAUUGGCACUAAAAAAUAGUUUUAUAUAAUUAUUCUUUUUAAUUGUAAUUUUAUCGAAAUGUAUAAUAAAUAGUAU